ACAAACAAACGCUGCUCUCUGAUCGGUCACAUGAUGAAAUUAAUCGUUCAGCUCGUGUUUCUCCGUCCAGCCGACUGUAAGAUAACCUCGUCUCAGGCUGAUCGUGGCGUUGGAGGGAGGGGCUUUCUGCACCAUGUGACGUUGUUUAUUUCUGUUUUCGCAGCUGAUCGUGGCGUUGGAGCAGGAGGAGAUCCCGCGGCUGAAGGCGCUGUACGAGCGCGGCAUGAAGAACAACGUGCGAGACCUGAGUAUCGUGGAUGCCAAGGGGAUCCGAGAGCGAGAGCCGUACUGCAGGGGGAUCAUGGCGUUGGAUUCUCCGUACACUGGCAUCGUGGACUGGAGGAUGGUGGCGCUCAGAUACGGCAGAGACUUUGAGGAGGCGGGCGGCACGGUGCUCACGGACUCGGAGGUCAACAACAUCGCCGCGGUCAACGACAGCCCGUCUGGGAGCGCCGAGGGAAUGAAAUAUCCGCUCGCCAUCAGAGACACGAAGGGCAGAGAGGUGCACUGUCGGUACGUCCUGACCUGCGGAGGCCUGUACUCAGACCGCCUCUCUCAGAUGUCAGGAUGCAGUGGCGAGCCGAGGAUCGUCCCCUUCAGAGGAGAUUAUUUAGUCCUGAAGCCAGAGAAACACCACCUGGUCAAAGGAAACAUCUACCCAGUUCCUGACCCUCGCUUCCCGUUCCUCGGCGUUCACUUCACCCCGCGGAUGGACGGGAGCGUGUGGCUCGGCCCGAACGCCGUCCUGGCCUUCAAAAGAGAAGGUUACAAAGUGUACGACUUCAACGCCCGAGACUUUGCCGACGCCCUCUCGUUCAGAGGUCUCCAGAAGUUGGUGAUGAGGAACUUGACGUACGGCAUCGGAGAAAUGUAUCGAGGAGUUUUUAUUCGAGCUCAGGUGAAAAUCCUGCAGAAGUACAUCCCUGACCUGAGUCUGGGAGACGUGCUCAGGGGUCCUGCAGGUGUUCGGGCUCAGGCGCUCGAUCGAGACGGGAACCUGGUGGACGACUUUGUGUUUGACGGCGGAGUCGGGGACGUGGGCAGUCGGGUUCUCCACGUGCGUAACGCCCCCUCGCCGGCGGCCACCUCCUCCCUCGCCAUCGCUGAGAUGAUUGCAGACGAGGUGGAGAGCCGCUUCACGCUGUAGAGACGGCGUGGAAGGAAAACCCAAAACGAUCAAUCCUGAAUGUCAGAAUAUCACUACCUCCACUCACCGUCAGCAACGAGCCGUUUCUUUAAGGACAGGUCAGAGGUCAAGCCUACAGGUCAGUGGUCAAACCUACAGGUCAGAGGUCAAACCUUAAUUUAGGGGGAAACUCACUUCAACAGAUCUUUCCUCACCAUGUUUCAAGUCUGGAGGCAGAGAGCAUGACGAUAGAAUAACAUGAGCUUUUAUUUUGACGGGGGGUGGAAAUGAUGUAAGGAUGAGCUUUUAUUGUGACGGGGGGUAGAAGUGAGGUAAGGAUGAGCUUUUAUUGUGGCGGGGGGUAGAAGUGUGGUAAGGAUGAGCUUUUAUUGUGGCGGGGGGUAGAAGUGAGGUAAGGAUGAGCUUUUAUUGUGGCGGGGGGUAGAAGUGAGGUAAGGAUGAGCUUUUAUUGUGGCGGGGGGUAGAAGUGAGGGACUCUGAAAAUGUUUAAAUAUCGCACAGAGAGAACUCCAAAAAGUGAACUGAAAGGUUUUUUAAGGAGAAGUUAACGUGUAUAACGAUGUUGUUAUUAAAGUUUCAAACAGGAAGUAGAGAAUGAUCGUCUUCCUGUUGUGGCUGCAGAACGCACAGUUUUUCGUACGCUGUUCGACACUUUUUUAUCUUUAAAGAUUUAUUUUUAUGACUUUAUUAAAGACACAGGACGGACUCUGACCCGGGCUGCCCACCAGGACUACAGCCUCCGUACAUGGAGUGUGCAAACUAACCACUAGGCCACUGGCGCCCUGAUUAUUCUGGUCUGUCACCAUAGUAACAUAAAGACAAACUGGUUUAGGACACUGGGAUGUUUGGUGCUUCUCGUAUUAAUGAAAGUAUCUCCGAAUGUUUCUAGAACAUCUCUAACUUUCUCUUUUCUACAUUUAGAGACGGAGGAAUGUUUGUUUUUUACAAUGAGAGAUUCUUUUUGACAAACGAUGUCUGAUGUUUGUAACAAACCAACUUCUGAAACAUUCUGCUCCUUUUUUCAUCCAUGAAAAGGUUAAAGAGAUGAUGUAAUCGCUCUAUAAUAAAGUCUUGAUAAACAUUUGACUUUUGUGCUGACUCCUCAGUUUCCUGAAUCGUGCACUGGCUCAGUUUGUCCACUAGGAGGCAGAAUGGCAGUAACAGACAUGACAGCCAUGUUUUUACUGGUCGAACAUGUUUAAUGAUGUCAAUAAAGCAGAAUUCUUUUCA